AUGCAAGACCAGCGACCGACUGCUUAUUUCAGCCAGGUGCUGAUCGUUAGAGAGAAGCUCAAGUCGAUAUAUGUGAGGGAGUUGAUGGCUAUUGUUUUGGCCAUUCAGAAGUGGUGCCCCUACAUUUUGGGACGACACUUUCUUGUCAUAAUAGAUCAGAGAAGCUUGAAGUACUUGUUGGAGCAGAGGAUGUUAUGCCCUGUCAAGGAAAGGAGAGAGCCUUCGCUGGCAGCCUUAUCAGUACCCUUGGUCUUCGAUUGGGAAGGAACGAGAAAAGAGAGUGAGCAAGAUGAAAGGCUGAGGAAAAUGAGUGCAGAGUUGCUAUCAGAUCCAAACAAUCAUCCAGGAUAUGCAUUGAGGCGGAACAACAACUCUACCAGGGAUGGUUCGUAUUACCGAGGACAUCGAAAGCUUUACUUAUUGGAGAUGCACAAAGAUGUAAAAGACAUGGUGACAAGGUGUGAUAUAUGCCAUCGACACAAAUAUAUGACUAUGGAGCCAGGAGGGUUGCUACAACCACUAGCUCUACCGGAGAAUGCUUGGGAAGAAGUGACCAUGGAUUUCAUUAAGGGGUUGCCCCAAUCAAAUGGGUUUACGGUGAUUCUAGUGGUUGUGGAUCGCCUGAGCAAAGAUCAUACACCAUCGUCUUCACUACUCCUGACAUUGACAGAUGACAUCGAGGUUGUUAUGAAUAGAAGCGACACCCCUAGAGAGGAAUCGGUCCAGAGAGGACCAGUCUUGGACCGACCAGCCCACGGAAAACCAGCCGGUGGCCGGUCUAAGCCAAUUCCUGCUCGAACAACUUCAGCUCCACCAAACCUUGAUGAACAGAAACGUGAUCAGGCCCGCCAUGAUUCAUUUAGGGCUGUGCCUACAUUGCCUAUACCCUCUAUUCCAAAACCACAGCAGCAGCAGAAACAGGAAAAGCAGCAACCAAAGAAAGUUGUUGAAGGUGUCAAUAAACCUAACAAUGGAGAGACUCAUUCUCCCAUUCAGACAAAGAGGGAGAUUCAUGCAACCAUUCCAUCUGCUCACCAUCCUAACACAACAACAACACGACCUUCUGUUCUUCCUUCAAAUGUAAUGCCAAUACCUGUUUCCUUUCAACAGCCUCAGAUUCAUUUUCAGUUUAAUGGUCCCAAUCCACCAUUGCCGUCACAAAGUGUUGUAGCGAGCUCGUUACAGAUGCCAAUGGCAUUACCUGCAGGAAAUGUCACACACGUUCCUCAUCAGUUGUUUGUCCCUAACAUCCAGUCUCAUCCAUUGCAACCUCAGGCAAUAAUGCAUCAGGGCCAUGGCUUGGGAUUUACCCCUCAAUUAGGUCACCAAAUGCCCUCUCAAUUAGGUGGCAUGGGAAUUGGUAUUGUCCCUCAGUUUCCUCAACAACAGCCUCAGUUCGGCACUCAAAGAAGGGCUGUGAAAAUAACUCAUCCUGAUACCCAUGAGGAGCUUAAACUUGAUAAAAGGAGCGAUUCACACAUAGAUGCUGGCACCACCGGGCAAAGGCAACUUCAAAAUGUUUCUUCUCAAUCUCAGCCUCUUCCAUCUUUUAGUCCUUCUCACCAGAUAAACUAUUACAAAUCACCUUCACAAAUCUUUUUCCCUCCAUCUUCUCUUCAUAUGACGAGUACUCAGAUGCCGACUGGUGCUCCGGCUGUUAGGUAUGGCUAUCCAGUCAGUCAAAAUGGGCAAGCUAUUUCAUUCAUGAAUCCACCGUCCUCUCUUAAUCAGACACUUGGUGGCAGAGCAGGGCCUCCACCUCCAUUACAUAGUUUGGGAGAAGCAGUGCACUCAGAAGGGUCAUCAUUCUCUGCCACAUUGUCAGCUCCUGUCCAAGUGACAAUUAAACCAAUUGCGCUUCCUAUUUCAGAGAAGACUGGUAAAUCAUCAGUAAGGGUUAGCUUGCCUGCUACCAAACCAGAGCCAACAAAGCUUUCAGCAUUACAAGGGGAUGCUUCAUCUGUUCCCUGCCAGAAGAAUAAUAAGAUUGAUUUAGAAAGUAGUGUAAUACUUCAGAACCCAAUUUAUGAACUAUCAGGAAGUGUUUCUUCAGUUGAAAGUGAUAAAGCCAUAUCCACAGUUCCUUUAAUAGCUUCAACUGAAAUUAAUAGAACUGAAGUGCCUCAAUCAUUGCAUUCUGUUGAGGAUUCUUUGUCUGUUAUGUUGGAAACUGAUGGACAGAAAAAUGAGGCUAAGAAAAGUUUAGAAUCCAUUAUGGAUCUCCAGAACAUGUCAAGUGAAAGGGAGCCUAGACUUUCUCAACUACAGCAGGAUAUAAUUGGAGUUUAUAAUGACAAUGGUACAUCCAAAUCAGUUUCCAAUGAUUUUGCAAGCAUUCCAAGUGCUCCAACCGCUGAUUCACCCAGUUCUACCACUAGGUUGCUUUCUACUUAUGCAGACAGUAGAAAUUAUAGAUCAGUUUUGAAUACUGAUGUUAUGAGAACUUCUGGCCCUCCUGUAUUUUCAUUGGAGAAUGCUGAUCAAGGUGCUGAUCAUGUUGAGGUUGCUUGGCAUAAACACUUUCAUAAGGAGGCAGAAAAACCACAAACAUCAGUUUCUUCAAUUCUCAGUGCCACUGGGAUUGUAUCUGAAACGCCUAGUUCUGUUCUCAGUGGACCGACACAAGAGAAUUUAGUAGCAGCACAGAAACUUGGAGGUGAAGCAUCUGAUGUUGUUUUAUUAGAUAGUAAUUCUGCCAAAGAAAGUGCUGUUUACCCUACGGAAUCUGUACAGAGGCCUGAAAAUAUCAUUGGUGCUGAGCUUGAUACUUCUGAGGGAAUUAACUCUGAGGUUGAGAGGAAAAGUGGUGCUGAGCUUGAUACAUCUGAGGGAAUUAACUCUGAGGUUGAGAGGACAAGAAACUCUAGCAUCCCUUCCACUUCAUCUUCUGACAACAAAGAGUCUGCUGCAGGGCUUUUUGAUCAGGUCUUGUCCACCAUUCCCGUAGGCUCUGCAACAACUGAUUGUGAAUUAACUUGCAAUAAGGAGAUUGAUGUUAAUGAAUUUGCUACGUUACAACCAGAAACAAUUUCCAUUCCUCAAGUUUGCUCUGAAGUUGAACAGAACAUGGAAGAGGAAGUUGUGGAUCAGUCUAAUGGAAUUCCAAGAGUGAUGAUUUUGGAGUUGAAGGACAAGCCGGAGCCAACUAAAGGCAAGACUAACAGAAAGAAGAAAAUAAGGGAUGUUCUUUCCAAGGCUGAUGCUGCUGGUGCUUCUGAUUUGUAUAAUGCGUAUAAGACCACUAAAGAAACACAUGAUGCUACUGUCAGCACCUCAGAAACUGAUAGCAGAUGUUCAACAGCAGAAUCGAAGAAUGACACAUCUCAAUGUUGCAGUAAGGUUGCAACUUCUGUUGAGGAAGAUGGACAGUAUAAACCUGAAGUUCAAGACUGGGAGGAAGCAGCUGAUGCAUCCAUUCCAAAAUUGAGAGCCUCAGAUAAUGACGCAGAAAAGCAGAACCAAAAUGACCAGGGUAAUCAGUCUUCUGGUAGAAAGAAAUACUCCAGGGAUUUCUUAUUGGCCUUUUCGCAGCAGUGCAAUGAUCUUCCUGAAGGUUUUGAAAAUGGCCCAGACAUAGCACAUGUAUUGAAUCUUACUUCUGUUGGCAUAAAACGCGAACCAAAUUUUAGUACUGGAAGGUUAAUCGAUAGGUCUCCUGGAGCUUCUCGGAUUGACAAACGGAGUAGUAGCAUUUCAGAUGAUGAUAAGUGGACAAGACCAUCCAAUUCUUUCCACAUGGAUCUCAGUCAUGGAACUGCUGCUAUAAACUUUCGUUCUGGACAGGGGGUCAAUAAUGGGGUCCUCAGACAUCCACAUAACGGAAUUCUCAGCGGGCCAAUUCAAUCUCUGGUUUCUCAAGGAGGGAUGUCAAGGAGUAAUCUGGAUAUUGACCGGUGGCAGCAUGCCGGUGUAAUCCAAAGAGGCUUAUUCCCCACCCCUCAUGAACCUUUGCAAAUAAUGCACAAGUCUUCUAACAGGUACGAAGUUGGAAAAUCAAUUGAUGAGGAAGAGCAGAAGCAGAGACUAUUGAAAGCUAUAUUGAACAAAUUAACACCUCAGAAUUUUGAGAAAUUAUUCUCCCAAGUCAAGGAUGUUAAAAUUGAUAAUGCAGUGACUCUUUCUGGGGUUAUAUCACAGAUUUUUGACAAAGCGUUAAUGGAGCCGACUUUCUGUGAAAUGUAUGCGGAUUUUUGUUUCCAUCUUGCUAGUGAGUUGCCUGAUUUUCUUGAAAAUAAUGAGAAGAUUACUUUUAGAAGGUUACUCUUGAACAAAUGUCAGGAAGAAUUUGAAAGAGGGGAGAGAGAGCAAGCAGAAGCCAACAAAACCGAAGAAGAGGGAGAGAUUAGCCAGACUGAAGACGAAAGAGAAGAGAAGAAAAAUAGGGCUCGCAGGCGCAUGCUGGGAAACAUUCGCUUAAUUGGAGAGCUAUACAAAAAGAGGAUGUUAACAGAAAGGAUUAUGCAUGAAUGCAUCCAGAAAAUGUUGGGAUAUCGUCAGAUUCCUGAUGAAGAAGACAUAGAGUCCUUGUGCAAACUGAUGAACACAAUUGGUGUGAUGAUAGAUCAUUCCAAAGCCAAGGAACUCAUGGAUAGUUAUUUUAACAGAAUCACAAUUCUUUCAACAAACGAAAAGCUGUCUUCCAGGGUGAGGUUCAUGCUGAAGGACACAAUUGACCUCAGAAAGAAUAAAUGGCAGCAAAGAAGGAAGAUUGAAGGACCAAAGAAGAUUGAGGAUGUACAUAAGGAUGCGGCUCAAGAAAGACAAGCUCAAACCACUAGAUUGGCUCGUGGUCCAGCUGUUUCUUCAAGACGGGGAGGACCGACUGCCAAUUUUGGUCACUGGGCCACUACAAAUCUAAAUUCUCCUAGUUCUCAGGCUAACAAUGGCAUUCGCGGUCUUCCAACACAGGCUCGAGGUUUUAGUAGCCAAGAUGUUAGGCAAGGGGAUAGGCAGCAGUAUGAGAGCAGGGUAAUGUCAGUUCCCCUCCCUCAGAGACCAUCUGAUGAUGGUUCCGUUACCUUAGGUCCUCAGGGAGGACUGGCAAAAGGAAUGUCUGGAAGAGGAUUAGGGCUAAUCCCUAAUGUUCCUUCGGUUGAAAUAUCUUCGAGAGCUGGGGAUCCUCACAGAUUCGUAUCGGGUUCUAAUGUUUUCGCUUCUUCCUCUGAUCGAAUGACGAGUACAUCAAGAGAAGAUAGCACAAAUAAAUACAUGAAUGAUAGGUUAUCAGGGGCAUCAAAUGAUCAAAUAAGCUUUCAAGUUCGUAACUCUCACUUUAGCGUCAGAGAUUCCCUUGCCGCAGGUAUUACUACUUCGGGGGAAAGACCAGUAUCUUCAGGUGGCAAAGUUAGAGAAUCUAAUGAAGCGAAAUUAUUCUCUGAAGAUGCUCUACGAGAAAAGUCGAUAUCAGCAAUAAGGGAGUUCUACAGCGCCAAGGAUGAGGGGGAGGUUGUUGCAUGCAUCAAAGAGCUAAACGCACCACAUUUCUAUCCUUCCAUGGUGUCUGUGUGGGUGACAGACUCCUUCGAAAGGAAACUUUUGGAGAGAAAUCUAUUGGCCGAGCUUCUUGUCAGCCUAAACAAGUCUCAUUAUACCUUAAUUAGUCGAACUCAACUGAUCUCUGGGUUUGAAUCUGUUCUCUCUUCACUGGAGGAUGCCAUGAACGAUGCUCCUAAAGCUGCAGAAUUUCUGGGCCAAAUUUUCGGUAAAAUCAUAGUGGAAAAUGUGGUUUCUCUAAAAGAGAUUGGAGGACUGAUUCGUGAAGGUGGCGAAGAGCCAGGAGGCCUGGUAGAGUUUGGGCUCGCUUCAGAGAUCCUUUUGGGCAUCUUAGAGUUCAUUAAGGCAGACAGAGGUGAGUCGGUUCUAAAUGAAAUCCGGAGAGGGUCAAAUCUUCGACUGGAAGACUUCAGGCCUCAAAAGCCCACUCAGAAAUCCAAAAAGUUGGAUGAAUUUCUGUAAAAGAGAUGAAAGAUUUGUUAUCAGAUUAGGCAUUCUUGCUUAGGUUUUUUAAGUUAAUUGCUUUCUCUUUAUAUAAAAGCAGUUUAUUUAUUAUAUUCCUUGAUAGUUUUUUUUUUUAAAUGCUUUUAGCUUUUCUGUGCUUGGAGCUUUUUGUGAUAUUUUGAACAGAUUAUUUAUAUUUCAUUAGCAGCAGCCACA